GAUGUAGUCCGAACCAUCAGCGGCGACCCCCGCCCCUUCCCUGGCAAAGUUUAUGUCUCCCCUUCCCCUCCCUGGCGCCCUGCAAAUGGCCGAGACCACAAAUUCUAUCAUCCUCAGCCAGCACAGCUUCCAUUGUCAGGGGCUGUGGAUGUUGUAGUCUAACAUGUAUACAGGGCAGGGCCCCAGCCUUUUAAUGGAGAAGUUUAUACCCACCUUCCCCUACCUGUGGCCCUCCAGAUUGGCUGGACGACAACCACCAUCAUCCCCAGACAUCGGUAUUAAAGCAGUGUAUUAUAACAUCUGCAUCCUGGCCGCCUUUCUUCUUGCCAGGAACCCGAGGGACUAACUUCUUCUCUGCAUUUCUAUCCUUACAACAGCCCUGUGAGGUAGAUUAAGCAGCAUUGGCACUCAGACCUGGAUUAGCUCUCUCGUUCUUAUGUGAGAGUUGCAGUUUGGAACAUCUGGGGCUGGGGGACAGGUUGUCUCCUCUACUCUCAUCAGCUGGGGCUUAUGGGAGCUGGAAUCCAACCACAUGUGGAAGGCUGCACAUUCCCCAGCUGCUGAAAAUGUUCAAGACAGCUAGUAAAGGAAAAUAAAAUUAAUCUAGAUUAUAUUUCUUUUCCUAGGUUAGCUGCCUCAAAUGUUUUGGAAAGGUGUGGCUGCAUUGUUUAUGCAGUGCUGUCAAGAUUCAUUUAAGGACCGUUUCUAAAAAGAAAGGCAGAAGGCAACAGAGUAAAACAAUCUAAAAUCCGCAGUCACGCAAUAUCGUUAUUAGGGCCAAGCAAAAUUCUACCAAGAAUGCUCAAGCUUUUGAGUUACUCAGAAUUCCUCAUCAGGUUGGAUCCUGGAAGAGUUCCAGAGAACUCCAGAGGCUGCCCAUAUCUUGAUUGCUCCUCUCAAAAGGAUUGCCCUGUUGUGGAUUCACUUUCUCUCAGGAAACAUCAUGUGAAUAGGGUGGCUUUUAUAUCAACACAGAGCCCCAGGGUGGUAGAGUCUGGACUCCCUGAAGGCGCAGGAAGAAUUGAUGACUAUGCCAUGCUGUAGCCUGCAGGAACUGUCCCCGCAGCUUCCUCGAAUUCGCUUGUUUGUGUUCCUGGCCUUUUCCUGUUCUGAGGACAUUCAGUGGAACAGAAGGGCUCCUUGUAACAUCCCUAGUUCUGCUCUCGCUGCAGCUACAUAAUGCAUGGACUUGACUCACCCCCUUUGCUGGGAUUCUUCUGCAGGGGAUACUGAGCGUAGAACUCAGAUCCUUGCCAGUCUCAGCUUGCAUGCCACAGGCAAGUGGCUAGUCCUCAUGAUCAGUGCUUUUCAGCUGCAGGGCCCUUGCCACAACCCCUCCAGUGGCUCCCUCUGCUUUUCCACGGCCAUUUGCACCAGCUCCUCCUCAUGCGAUCACCAUUGCCUGGGCCAGAGCAAGAAAGCAGCUUGCCGUCGGGAAGUGGAGAAACGCCCGGACAAUUUCCACCCUGUCCCAGUUUUGCGUGAAGCCUGUGCCAGGAAUUCAUCAGCAAAGUCUUGGCUAUUGAAUGCUAUAGAAAUAAUAACGAUGAUUUUAAAAAUGCCGGGAAGGAGAAGGAGAGGGCAGGGGGUUCACUAAGAAUGCCAGCUCAGACAGGAAUAAAUUAUACAAAAUAACAGGCAUUAGGCAAGGUUUUGCAGACGUUAGAUGUAUCUGAACGCAUACGGACAUGUUGCCAGCCUGCCUUUCUUGCUUCCUUUGCCUCCUCUGCCGGAUGUUUGUGGUUGUUCUCUGCUGAAGGUGCCAGGGAAGAUGGUGAAUAUCGAAGAUCUGCCAGAAGAGGUCCUCCUGGAUGUUCUCUCUCUGGUCCCCGCGCGGGAAUUGGUUCGCAGCUGCCGUCUGGUCUGUGUGCGGUGGAGACGCGUGACGGACCUGGGCACCCUGUGGAAGCGCAAGUGCCUCCGCGAGCACGAGGGUCUCGCCGUGUCCGAGGGGAGCAUCCGGGACUGGCGGACCUUCUACUUUCUCUGCAGCAUGAAGAGGAACUUAAUCAAGAACCCCUGUGGGGAGGAGGGCUUCAAAUUCUGGGAUCCUGGGCUGAACGGACUGCAGGAAUGGCGCACCGAGGAGCUGCCCGGAGCGUACAGGCAUCAUUUCCCCCAUCAGCACGUCCAGAAAUAUUUUGUCACGUCGCAAAGGCCCAGCGCCAAGUCCCAGUUCAUCACCUUAAAGGACGAAGGCUACUGGGACCAGCUGCUGGACGAGGUCAAGCCCAGAAUUGUUGUCAGCGACUGGUUUCACUGCGGCUGCCCGUGCCGCUACCAAGUGUGCAUCCAACUGCUCUCUGCAGACCACACGGUUCUCCAGGAAUUUCGCCCCAAGGACGUGAUCGUUGAGCAGUGGACAGAAGGCGGGUGGCGCGAGGUUUGCCACACUUUCCGCCAGUAUCCCCAAGGGGUUCGCUACAUCCACUUCAAGCACGGAGGUCAAGGCUGGUACGGCCUGAGGAUCACCAACAGCAGUAUCACUAUUGUCCCUGAAGGGGUCGGCACAUGUGAAGACUCCUCUCUCUUCCGUUCUUCUGCUCCUUAGGCAGGAAACCGCUGG